UUUCUUUCAUUUUUCCUCUCUUUUUCUCUCUCCUCUUUCUGCUAUCACUACUCUUUUUUCUUAACAAAAUCAAAAAUCAAAAUCAGGAAAAAAAAAAAAAAAAUUGAAACUUUGCGGCACAACUUCGUCAAACUUCGAUCAAAUUCAAUUCCACAAUUUGGCAAUUACUUCACAACAACACUGGCGCUUCUUCAUCCCACAAAUUCAAUCCUUUUCUAACAACAGAUAGGAAAAGGCAGGUAGAGUGAUUUUUACCAUAUUAGGAUGGAUAAUCACAGUGAAUGGGUGCGGUUGGAUAGCUUCCAACCUAAUGGUCUAUUAUUGAAGGAAUCUGCUUCAGUUACUCGACCUCUUGACCCGGGAAGAUGGGCUAUAGCUGAAGAGAGAAUCAAAGAGCUUAUUGCACGAAUUCAGCCGAGUUGGGCGUCUGAGGAGCGUAGGCUUGCUGUAGCAACCUAUGUGCAGUCUCUUAUUGGAAAAUGUGUACCUUGCCAGGUGUUUACCUUUGGUUCUGUACCUCUUAAGACUUAUCUACCUGAUGGGGAUAUUGAUUUAACUGCUUUUAGUGAAGACCCUAAGUUGAAAGAUAAUUGGGCUAAUAGCGUUCUGGAUAUGCUGCGAAGGGAAGAAAAGAAUGAACAUGCUGAGUUCCAGGUGAAGGAGGUUCAGUACAUUCAAGCUGAGGUUAAGAUAAUAAAGUGCCUCGUAGAUAACAUUGUGGUGGACAUAUCUUUCAACCAGCUUGGUGGGUUGUGUACACUUUGUUUUCUUGAAGAGGUUGACAACUUGAUAAACCAAAAUCAUUUAUUUAAGCGAAGCAUCAUAUUAAUCAAGGCCUGGUGUUAUUAUGAGAGCCGUAUACUUGGGGCUCAUCACGGGCUUAUAUCAACUUAUGCUCUGGAAACCUUGGUUUUGUAUAUAUUUCAUGUUUUCAACAAUAGCUUUUCUGGGCCACUUGAGGUGCUCUAUCGCUUUGUGGAGUUCUUCAGUAAAUUUGAUUGGGCCAACUUUUGUAUUAGCCUCUGGGGUCCAAUACCAAUUUGUUCUCUUCCCAGUAUGACAGCUGAUCCUCCUCGAAAGGACGGUGCAGUGUUACUGCUGAACAAAAUGUUUCUUAAUGCUUGUAAUACAGCAUAUUCUGUCUUACCUGGAGGUCAAGAUACUCAAGAGCAACCUUUCAUUUCCAAACAUUUUAAUGUUGUUGAUCCCUUACGUAUAAACAACAACCUUGGCCGUAGUGUGAGCAAAGGUAACUUCUAUAGAAUUCGCAGUGCCUUCAGUUUUGGGGCCCAACAGCUAGCUAGAAUACUCGAGUGCCAGGAAGAGAAUAUAGUGGCUGAAGUGAACCAGUUCUUCGUGAACACAUGGGACAGACAUGGGAAAUGUCCUGAUACUCCUGUUUCUGAUGCAUCUCACAUGCGACCGAUCAACUCCAAACAUGACGGGAAUCGCAGAAAACAUAAACCUGUUGAUAAUCCAACAGAGAACUUAAGUCUGUAUCCUCAGAUUGAAGAAUCCCGUAGCUCUGUUGAUUUUUCAAUGCAGCCUAGUAUCUGUCAUGCGAAUCAGAUAGCUGGGGCCAUGGACGUGCAUAAAGAUUUGCAUUCUCCUGCGCAGAAGGAUCAUGAGAGAGAAUCAAGAACUCACUUGUCUUCUGGUUGGGAUCAAUAUUACACUCAGAAGAAAAAUCCUACUAAGAAGCAACAAAAUGAAAGAGAGAGAAAUUCCAUGGCGAAUAUCUUGCAAAGUAAAGGGCAUGCCACACCUCAGUUUGCUAGGACAUCUUCUAGUCCUGAACUGACGAACAUGUCUAGUGAAGCUGCACCUCUACGGAGGCAUAAUACGGCCAAGGAAAGGGUAAAUGAGGUCUCCAGUUCGAGGUCUGAGUAUAAUAGAAGAAUGAGAGGCUCUGGCAUGAUGACGAAUCCUGUUGUGAAUUGCUACGUAAGGAAACCUGUUUCUGGUUCUGCGAAACCCGUAGUUUCUUCAGUUGAUGAAUCAAGUCAGAGACUCCAGGAGGGACAAGACUUUGUGAACCUGAUGUCUUCUUCUGGGGUUCAGAAACAUGGCGGGCAUGUGCAGAUGCCUGUAAAUCUAGCUUCUCAUCACUUUGUUACAGUCUCACCUUCUAUUCCGGGAACUAGACCCCAAAAAUAUACUGGCACAAGGCCAUUGAAUCCGGCAGCUCCUCAGUCUGAUUGGGGUGAAGUUAUUCAUCAUCCUGAACGUACUUCUGUGGGACCUGCUUAUCGCCAAUUAAUUUCUGUCGGAGUCACACCUGAAGAAGAAAUAAGGGGGGGAUUGAAUAGGGGUGGAUCAGCAUCAAUAGAAGUCAAUCAUCUGGAUGAUGAACAUGGUUACUGGACAAACAGAAAAGCUGAUUCUAUGAGAGAGAGUGAUCAUGAAAGCGAGGAAUUUGCUACUGCUGGUUCUAGAUUAUCACCUGCUUCUCCUAGUAAUUCCUAUAAGACAAAAUCUUCUGACAGUUCUUGGGAUGUAAAACCCUCCAAAAUAAACAACGCAGUGAGAUACCCAGGGACAAAGAAGUCAAGUUCUUCAAAAAAUCCCACUGCAGUGGUUAAUAGUCGAUGGCUUGAUGAUGAAGGAUCUGUUGAUCAUACUUAUGAUGAUUUUGAUGAUAAAUCUGCUUCCUCAUCAACUUCCUCACAUAUAGAGGUUCAUCAGCUACCUGGAUUUAGGCAGACUCAUAUGAGCUAUCAAAAUUCAGUAUAUCCAUUUUCUCCUAUGUUGGUACGUCCUGGUCCCCAACAAGGUAUGAGUCAUAAUCAUCCAGUCUUACCGGUUGCGUUUUAUCCCGCUGGAUUACCUGUGCCAUUUGUGACAAUGGUACCUGUAUACAAUAUGGGUGCUGAAACGGGAACCUCUGCUGCAUCUUCCAGCCAUGAUGAUACAGAAAUGGAGAAGUCUACCUUUCGCUUGACUCAGUCUAGCCAUAACUCAGAUUCACCGAAAGGGGUAGAGCAUUCGAGCCGUAGUAAUAGCAGUGGCUCAACAAAGAGGAUUACGUCUAGAGAAGAUGAUGAGUGUGAGCGUGACAUUUUCAACAGUGACUUUGCUAGCCACUGGAAGAAUCUCCAGUAUGGGCGUCUCUGUCAAAAUCCACAAUUUCAGCAUCCUUUUUUCUAUCCUCCCUCUGUGUAUGUACCACCAGUACAUUUGCAGGGAAAUAUCCCAUUUGAUGCUCCUCGAUCACCAUAUUCUGGGAAUUCCAAUGUCUUUGUUCAUCCAGUGCCUGUUUCAGAAGCUCAGCAGCCAAGUUCCGUUAAACCUGCUAGUGUUUCAAGGCAAUAUGGUGGAGAAUUACCUAAACAACGCAAUGGAACAGGAACUUACUUUCCAAAUCCUAAGGUUUUCAGAGAUCAACAAUAUUCUACCUCCAGACAGUAUCAAGGGGACUCCAAACAUGACAGGAACGAGCACCACGGGGAAAGGGAAGCAAAUUGGAAUCCCAGCUCAAAACCACGAUUUUCUAAUCGUGCUCAACCUCGAUACCGAAACGACAAGCCAAACUCGAAGAUAGACCGGUCAGUUGCUAGUGAUUCCCAAACUGAUAGACAUUUUGAUUCCUUCCGGAAAAAUUCCUAUCAGUUGUAUCGCUUCCCAAAAGAACCAUCCACUUCAAAAUCUACAUGGAAUGGCCGUUAUGAUACAGAUUACUCGGUGUAUCAAACACGUUCUGAAUACCAUAAUGAGGUUUCUCAAUCUGGAGAUGCUCAUGCUCAUGCUCAUGCUCCUCCCCCCCUUGUUAUGUUUUAUCCUUAUCCUCAGACAGUUACUUAUGAUUCCCAGAUUGAACGCCAGUUUGGUUCUUCCGGACGAGAGCAAAUUGUAGGAACAGAUGAGGUACAAGAACAACUGCAAAACUAUCAAGGGGAUACAGGACCUCCUUCACCGGACUAUGCUUCUCCCCCAAGAUUCUUGCGUGGUGACGGAGUUUGAUCUUUUGGGCACUUGAAUAUUGAAACCCUAAUACAUGGAUUUUGCUCUGCUUGGGCAUCUCCAAUGCCAGUAAAGCAUAUUCUGGAGUCCUGUGACCAGUUGACCACAGCCUUCUGCGCGCGCCAAAAAUCUUUGGAUGUUCGAUGCAGUUCCUGCGCAUUCUAUAAGAGGUAAAAAUCUCUACUUGAGCUUUUUGCACCUUAAAAGUCAGUCACUUCUUUCAAAGAAGAUUUUGGUCCAUUCCCACUCUGAUCAACAGUGAUGGAGGGAUCGAUCUGAACAUAAUUGAUAUCAUCAUCAUCAUCAUCGUCAUCAUCAUUUAGGGUUUCCCCCAUGGAUUAGAUCGAGCUUCGAAGCUGGAAAAUUUCAGGAAUCAGGUUUCUGGUCUAGAAUCUGAGGAGCUUAUAACAGGGCUUUUGGGGGGGGGGGGGGGGGGGGGAAACAUGAUUCAAUUUCAAUGCUAAGGGCUGUUUUGCCUAUUGGAAUGGCAGAUAACAUUUGUAAUUGUAAUGUAAUCUCUAAGCCACCAUUGUAAUGGAACUUACAGUUAGUUCCCUAUCUUCUACAACUUUUUUCUGCAAGCCAUUUAUAAGUUGGUAAAUUUUUGGACAGUUGUUUUUGAUAGAUUUUUAUCAAUUCCUUAUGAAUACUUAGUAUACUUGGCUUAACAAGUGUUCAUGGACACUCGUUAGGGGGGAAAAAAAAAAAAGAGGAAAAGAAAAAACGAUUAUCAUUC